AUGUCCAGGGCACCAUUAAGUAAGCAAUCUAGUUUGAAGGAAUUGCCUGGAGUAGCAAAAUUGCUGAAAACAAGUGGCUCCAAGCAGGCUCAGAAACCAGUGCCCCAUCACAGAAAAGCAAGGACCCCUGGACAGCACCCCAGACAAAAAGGCGAACUCAGAAGAAAAGAGACUGGAGUGAAGAGGUACAGUUUACGAGAAAGAAAGGGCCACGUGUACCAAGAGGUCAGCGAGCCCCAGGAUGACGACUACCUCUAUUGUGAGGAGUGUCAGAACUUCUUCAUCGACAGCUGUGCUGCCCAUGGGCCCCCAACCUUUGUAAAGGACUGUGCAGUGGAAAAGGGGCAUGCCAACCGCUCAGCCCUCACGCUGCCCCCUGGCUUAAGCAUCAGACUGUCGGGCAUCCCUGACGCUGGGCUUGGAGUGUGGAACGAGGCAUCAGAUCUGCCGCUGGGCCUGCACUUUGGGCCCUACGAGGGCCAGAUCACAGACGAUGAAGAGGCCGCCAACAGUGGAUACGCCUGGCUGAUCACCAAAGGGAGGAACUGCUACGAGUAUGUGGAUGGAAAGGACACGUCUUGGGCCAACUGGAUGAGGUAUGUGAACUGUGCCCGGGACGACGAGGAGCAGAACCUGGUGGCCUUCCAGUAUCACGGGCAGAUCUUCUACCGAACCUGCCAGGUGGUCAGGCCGGGCUGUGAGCUGCUGGUCUGGUACGGGGACGAGUGUGGUCAGGACCUUGGCAUCAAGAGGGACAGCCGGGGGAAGAGUGAGCUCGCGACCGGGAGAGGCUAG